AUGGAGAAAAAGGGUAAACCAGUGUUAGAAUUUCAAUCACCAGAAUGGCUGCAAGAUUUAGCAUUCAUCGUAGAUAUUACAGAUCACUUGAAUAAUCUGAACAGAAUGCUGGAAAGCUGUAAAAAAAGUUGUUACAGUAUUUUUAAAGUAUAUAUGUGUUCAAGUUGUGUGCGGGAGAUACAUCUGUCAGAUGGUGACCUUGCUCAUUUUCCUUGUCUAAAAGAUGUGGUUGUGACAGCAGAUAAUGUUGACAUGAAUCGGUACAAAGACAGUAUCAAGGGAUUGCUGCGAGAGUUUCAGCAACGGUUUCAGAUUUUUGAUAAGCUUGAGACAGAUUUCACAGAUUUUCACUCACCAUUUACAGCCAAUGGCUCUGAUCUGCCCGUCAACAUCCAACUUGAAAUGAUUGACUUGCAGUGUGAUUCAGGUUUGAAGAACAAAUUUACUUCGGUGGGCUUGGUCACAUUUUAUCAGAUGCGGCCUGGCUCAGGAAGAAGGACAACUGCAAUCCCAUCAACGUGGCGGAGCUGGAUGCUGUGUUGA